GGGGCUGCGGGACAGCGCGGGCACGCAGAGCGCCCAGGCCAUCGGCGGCCUCGUGGGCAUCACCAGCGCCCGCCUUGGCUCCAUGAAGACCCGGUUCGAGGGGCUGUGCCUGCUGUCGCUGCUGGUGAGCGAGAGCCCCACGGAGCCCUUCCAGCAGCACUGCCUGGGCUGGCUGCGGAGCCUCCAGCACCUCCUCCAGUCGCAGGAUCCGGCCCCCACCAUGGCGCGGGUGGCGGUGCUCCACGACCUGCUGCUCUUCUCCUCCCAGCUGCCCGAGCUGGCCCGCGACAUCGGCACCAACCACAUCCCCGGGCUCCUCACCUCCCUGCUGGCCCUCAAACCCGAGUGCGAGGUCUCCACGCUGGAGGGCAUCAAGUCCUGCAUGAGCUUCUACCGGGCCUGCGGCUCCAUGCGGGGUAAAUUGGCCGCUUAUUUCCUCUCCCGCAUCGACUCUGAGUCCCAGCUGCAGCAGCUGGCCUGCGAGUGCUACGCGCUGCUGCCCUCGCUGGGCCGGGGCUUCUCGCAGGGGCUGCGGCACACCGAGUGCUGGAACCAGGAGGUGCAGGGGCUGCUGGCCACCCUGCACGGGCUGCUGGGCACCCUCUUCGAGGGCAGCGAGACGGACCCCCUGCCCUACGAGGGGCCGGGGGUGGAAAUGCUGCUCCCAGCCCCCCAGGACGGAGACACCGGCUUCGUCCUCACCCUGCACAACCGCUUCUCGGGGCUGGCCCGCGUGCUCCAGCUCCUGCUCAGCAGGGACUUCGUGGCCCCCGUCACCGUCCCCGUCCAGGACAUCUUGGACCUCGUCUGCCGCGCGCUGAACAUCACCAGCAAAAACAUUAACUGGUUUGGGGACGGUCCGCUGAAGAUGCUGCUGCUUCCCCUCCAUCCACCUGGACAUGCUGACGUGCUGUCAGCCCUCAUCCUGGCGUGUGGGGCGCGCCUGGUGCGCUGGGGCAGCGUCCUGGGCCGCCUCUUCCCCCAAGUGCUGAGCGCCUGGAGCGGCGCCCGCGAGGCCGUGCUGCCGGGCCAGGAGAAACCCUUCAGCGCGGUGCGCACCCGUCUCUACCAAGUGCUGGAGCUGUGGGUGGAGGUGACGGGCGCCUCCUCGGGGGUCCUGCAGGGCCCCGGCCACCCCAGCGAGGUGCUGCUGGCCCAUCUGCUCAGCGACAUCACCCCCCCGGCCGAGGGCAUCAAGUUAAAACAGGACCCGAAACCCAGCGCCCCCAAAAGACCCAAACUGGGCGACGGGGCGGACGCCCCGGCCUGCACCGCAAGCUGGAGCCCGCCGCCAACAGCGACGUGUGCCGAGCUGCCUGCGAGGGGGACCUCGAAUGCCCUGUCAUCACUGCGUCGAGCCAUCCUGACGGGGGGGCCGCUGAUCAAGGAGGAGACGCACCGGCGGCUGCAGGAGCUGGUGGUGCCGCUGCUGCUGCGGCUGCCGCAGGCCGAGGGCCCCCCCGGCGCCGCCGGCCCCCCCGGCACCCCCUACGCCAGCCCCCCGUGCCGGGCCGCCCUCUACCAGCUCCUGCUGGCCCUGGUGCUGGCCCCGGCCCCCGCCGGCCCCCCGCCCCUGCACUGCGCCCUGCGGGCCUUCGGCCAGGGCCAGCGCGACCCGGCCCUCCAGGUCUCCUCCAUCUGCACCGAAGCCCUGGUGGUGGUGAACGCCCUGGCUCGGCCCUGGGUGCCCCCCCUGCACCCCACGGCGGCCCCGGGAGCCCCCCCAGAGCCCCCCGCCCCCCCUUUCCGCCCGCCGCCGCCUCCCCCCGCCUUCCCGGGGGCUCCCCGGGUCGCCAACCCGCUGGGGCCGUCCCGGCUCCCCCGCUGCCAGAGGAGCCCCCCGGGGACGCGGCGCCGCUGGGGCAGCCCCCCCCCCACCGCCGCCGCGGCGGCGGGGGCCGAGGAAGAGGAGGGGGGGCCGCCGGGCGGCGGGGGGCGGCCCCGGCGCCCCGUCUUCGUGCACUACGACAAGGAGGAGCCGUCGGACGUGGAGAUCUCGCUGGAGAGCGACUCGGACGACAGCGUGGUCAUCGUCCCCAAGCGGGGGGCCCCCGCCUCCCCCCCGCCGGCCGCCGGCCCCAAGCCGGGCGGGGGGCCGCCGCCGGCGCCGCUGCUGCCGCCGCCGCCGCCGCUGCCCCCCCCCGCCGUCUCCCCGCCGCUGCUGGCGCCCCCCGAGCCCCCCGAGGAGCCGGGCCCCCCCCUGCCGCCGUUGCCGCCGCCGCCGCCGCCGCCCCCCCCCGCCCCGCCUCCCGUCGCCCCCCCGGCCGCCCCCCCGGAGCUGCCGGGGCUCCCCGGUGAGCUCGACCCGGCCGUCAUCAACAUCAACAGCAGCGAGGAAGAGGAGGAGGAAGAGGAGGAGGAGGAGGAAGAAGAGGAGGAAGAGGAGUUUGGGGAGGAAGAGUUCUUCGAGGAGGAGGAAGAGGAGGAGGAGGAGGAGGAGGAGGAGUUCGACGAGGAGGAAGAGCUGGGUGAGGAGGAGUACGACGAGGAUGAGGAGGAGUACGAGGAGGAUGAAGGCCUCUCUGAGGAGGAGGAGGAAGAGGAGGAGGAAGGCGGGGGCAAGGACGGGCAGCCCCUGCCGGUCCCCGAAGAGCCCCCCCUGCCCCCGGAGGACACGGGCGCCCUCGUCAUGGAGGUGGACGAAGGCCACCCGCCCCCUCCCAUCGAGGAGGACGAGGAGGACGAGGAUGAGGAGGACGAGGGGAUGAAGGCCCCCAGGAAGAGGUGGAGAUGGAGCCUCCCCCGGUGGGGGGCGAGCCCCUCCCGCCCCUCCUGGAGCCCCCCGAGGUGGUGCCCCCCUCCCUGGAUGCGGCCCACCUCCCCCCGCACCCUGAAAUCCUGGGGGGGGGCGGCAGCCCCACCCCGGUGCCCCCCCGGCUGGAGGAGGAACCUCUGCCCGCCAUGGACAAGGGGGAGGAGCUGGACGAGACGGCGACCAUGCUGGCAGACUUCAUCGACUGCCCCCCGGAUGACGACAGGACCCCCGAAAUGGCCCCGUGACCCCCCGAACAGCCCCCUGCCCCCCCCCAAAUGACCCAGUCACUCCCCCAAACAGCCCCUUUGCCCCCCCCCAUCCCUGGAGCCCCCAACAUGGCGAGACGUGGAAUAAACCCCCCCACCCC